CCAUUCAUCCUCCGAUAACUGGUCAAUGUCGAUUUGGCAAGUUUCGCGGGCCGUUUCUACGGGUUUCCCGGGACAGUCUACUGCCGUCAAAACCGUCUCAUCGGUCGUGCUGUCGAACCUGACUCCAAAUACGUCCCGUACAUCCCGUUUGUUUGUCGGUCGGUUGCGCGUGCAGUAGAGCGCCACGCGCUGUAUUCGUGAUCGUUUUCUGUUCUGUAUCGGAGCUAGGUUUGUCGCUGACUGCUCGCGAGCCUGUCGUAUGGAAAGGGAACGAUACAGAUAUCGAGUAAGAGAUACAGAAAACUUCAUCGGAGGUCUUGUCAACAAGGUAACCUUAAGCAUCUUUUGCAAAUAUGUGAGGCUUUCAUCCGUGAUGGGUGAAUAGCUCACACAAAACCCAUCAUCGUCCGCUUUGUACGCUUUCAAAGAGAAAGUCUAUAAAAAAAUAGAAUUAAUCCGAUAUGUUGAACGAACGACAACGGCUCACAACAAUGGUGGAUCGGUUAAGGGAUGUUUACCCUUUUCGAUUGUCUUCCUAGCAAGCACAAAAGAGCUUUUAUCGCCAUCGUGCCGUAAAACGUCUGAACUGGAUCACGAUUGAAAAAUGAUUAAACUCGUAACCAUCGCAUGCAUUAACAUCAAUGACUACUCGAACCAAUAUCCCAGAAAUGUGCAUUUCUCAGUGGGUACUAUGAUACGCUCAGUGACUACUAAGAUUCACGACAUCAACAAUCAGGGUUUUCAAUUUGCUUGUGUUGUUAGGUCUGUGGAGGGAAAUGAUAGAUUCGGGAAUUGUAAUUCAUUUUAGAGUAGUUUAGUUCGUUUUCAGUUUUGGAAGUAGAUGAAGCUAAAAGAUAACUUUUACAUACUUUUGGAUGUGGAAUUUUUAAACGAAUCAACACAUUCCUAUACCGAGGAGACGCUAUUCUUAGAGACACAGGAUUACGAGCUUCAUUUGAGUGAAUUGGAAGAAGAAGCAGACGAAGAAGAAAAUGCCGACGAAGACAAUGAUGGAGAGGAUCUGGACGAUAAAGACAAUCCCGACAUUGGUCAGAUUAACGGUGAAGAAUGUCAUCAAUCAAUACGGCGGCUGUUAAGAAUCCUAAAUGCGAAAACGGAUCUGAAUUUGCCCACCAAAGAUCCCCCCACUUUAUUGGGCACCCUUCGUAACCGUGCAACGAUGUCUAAUAUUGGAGAAGGAAAAUGUUGGUACCACGGAAUUAGUCAUGCUUUAACGAAGGAGCUACAAAAAUAUACAAACGUACCAGAUCAUCUUCAUUACGACAUUAAUAUAGACGGCCUCCCUCUGCAUAAAAGGUCAAAAACGCAUAUUGUUGAAGAUAGUAGGAGAGCCAUUUGUGCCUGUACUAAUCGUCGGAAGCUAUUGCGGUGAAUCGAAGCCGUAAAGCAAUGAGCCGUUCCGACGUCCGUUGGUUGAGAAGAUAAAUUCUUUGCAAACAACGGGUCUGCAGUUGAAUGAUGCCACAGUAAAGGUAUCUGAAGAAUUCGCGGAGUUGCGGAUAGAUGUGUGUUGCAAUAGCUAUCAAACGUCGUAUUCAGAUUCGAAAUUCGAAGAGAGUUAUAAUUAUGUUUUCUGCCCUAUUUAUAAACUUUCUUAUGAUUGUCCCCCACGCGAGCGACACUAAUCCCUACUCACUGUAUCCUUGAAAUAUUUCAUGCAUCAUA